CACAUAUAAGCCCUGUCUCCAGGCAGCAGGAGAGCCUCAGGGAGCCUGGCCACCAUGUGGAUGCUGGUGCCCGUGGCUUUUGCUGGAAAGCUGCUGAGCGCUUUCAGGAAGCCCCUGCGCUCCCUCUGGAGCAGCCUGGUCCCCUGGGUCCUCUGGCUCAGGGCCACACUCUGGCUACCAGGGGGCCAGAGCGCCUGGCCACCGCAGCCGGGCCGGGGAGAACCGCAGGAGAGCAGAGGGGAUGGCGGGCAGGGCCCGGACCAGCCCACCACCCCCACCAGCGUCAACUACCAUUUCACCCGCCAGUGCAACUACAAGUGUGGCUUCUGCUUCCACACGGCCAAGACGUCCUUCGUGCUGCCCCUGGAUGAGGCCAAGCGAGGGCUGCGGCUGCUGCAGGAAGCCGGGAUGGAGAAGAUCAACUUUUCGGGGGGAGAGCCAUUCAUUCAUGACCGGGGCGAGUACCUGGGCCAGCUGGUGAGGUUCUGCAAGGAGGAGCUAAGGCUGCCCAGCGUGAGCAUCGUCAGCAACGGGAGCCUGAUCCGGGAGCGCUGGUUCAGGACUUACGGUGAAUAUUUGGACAUCCUUGCCAUCUCCUGUGACAGCUUUGAUGAACAAGUCAACGUCCUCAUUGGUCGUGGCCAAGGAAAGAAGAACCACGUGGAGAAUCUUCAAAAACUGAGGACAUGGUGUAGAGAUUAUAGAGUGGCCUUCAAAAUAAAUUCUGUCAUUAAUCGAUUCAACGUGGAUGAGGAUAUGAGGGAGCAGAUUAAAGCCCUGAACCCGGUCCGCUGGAAAGUCUUCCAAUGUCUCCUCAUUGAGGGGGAGAAUUCUGGAGAAGACGCCUUGAGAGAAGCGCAACAAUUCAUCAUCAGCGAUGAAGAAUUUGAAGGAUUCUUAGACCGCCACAAAGACGUGUCCUGCUUGGUGCCCGAGUCUAACCAGAAGAUGAAAGAUUCCUACCUUAUUCUGGAUGAGUAUAUGCGCUUCCUGAAUUGUAGGAACGGGCGGAAGGAUCCUUCCAAGUCCAUCCUGGAUGUUGGCGUAGAAGAAGCUAUAAAAUUCAGUGGAUUUGAUGAAAAGAUGUUUCUAAAGCGAGGAGGCAAAUACGUGUGGAGCAAGGCAGACCUGAAGCUGGACUGGUAGAUCCGGAAGUGGACCCAGCCCUCAACCCGCCCGCGGGGACGCUGGCUCAGACCUGAGGUGUGCUGGCCGUGCUCAGCAGUAAUUCCUGCUGCAUUUCUCAACGGCCCCCAAUCCCAUCUUCUGUUGCACCUGCUACCUGAUUCUCCACGGUAAAUCCUGGAUCACCAAGAUCCAUAGAUCAGGCAAAACCCUUAACUUUAGUUAAUUAGCUUAUUUAGGAUUUAGUUUUUUGAGCAGGGUUUUCUGCGACUCCCGUGUUCCCAAUUUGGAAGCUAUUUUUAUCAGACCUUUCAUUUGAUAGAGUUGGGGGCUUUGUGUUUGUUUGUUUUUUUGUUUUGGUUUUGGUUUUUUGUUUUUUGUUUUUUUGCUAAAUGUUGAGAUGGCAAUUUUCACAUCUAGAACAACGACACAAUCCCUCCCCUGGUUAGUCUGCCCACUGUAACUCUGUCCUUUCUGCCUUCAUACCAUCGUGGUCUUGGAC